CGACGACACCUUUCUCGUCUGGUGCUAACUUUGUUAGAACUGAAGCCCUUGGGCAUCACAUCAUGGAUGAACAAGGUAUAUGGCUAUUCCAGAACUCUCAACCGGACCGGGGUUCUCCUGUCGAACAUGUGCAUCAGCGACCAUUUGUGGUCCAUUCAGCAAGGCAUUGUGCGUCUGUAACACAAACAUCAUGCCGGGCAAGCUAAAGGUAAUUACAAGCCGAGUUGCGGACAGGGCAAGGCAGGGGAACCAUGUCCGUGCUUACGGUGCCGAAAAGACGAGGCGGCCACGGCAGCUCUUGUUAAUCCCGACCGAGCCCGGUGUGCGCCCGCGCACCGCCCAGGGCCGAGGGCUGGUGGUCAGUGAGACGGAGGGACAGCAGCAGAUGUUUAUUUCUUCCUCUUCUUUUCUUUCUUCUUUCCCUCGGUACCCGCCGUGUGCGGCGCAACACGAGCCCUCGGCCUUGUUUGUGGCCCCUCUCCAUGGCGGUCCGGCGGGUGGAUAG